AUGGCGGCCUCACAGCAAUCGCUAAUGGAGGCAGUCCAACAGCAGCAUCAGCAGCAGCAAUCCCAACAACAGCAACAGCAAUCCCAGCAGUACGGCCGGUUGGCAGCUUCUUUUUCUGCCUAUCCAGGCGGGCCUGGGACUCCCACCGGCGUCUUUGGAGUGGCUCAAGCCUCGACUUCACUUUCCGGCAGUCCUGCUGGGAUCAAUGGAGCCAUGACAACCUCGCCUGCCGUCUACAGGACAAACUCCACCUACCAACGCUUUUCGCCAUAUUAA